AUGUCCAAGGUCGUGCGGAGUGUCAAGAACGUGACGAAGGGCUAUUCUUCGGUACAGGUCAAGGUUCGAAAUGCAACGAGUAACGAUCCCUGGGGCCCGACGGGCACCGAAAUGUCCGAGAUUGCGGCCAUGACUUUCGGCAGUCCGAACGAGUUCUACGAGAUCAUGGACAUGAUCGAUAAGCGGCUUAACGAUAAAGGCAAAAACUGGCGCCACGUGCUCAAGUCAUUGAAGGUCUUGGACUACUGUCUGCACGAGGGUUCGGAGUUGGUGGUGACGUGGGCGCGCAAGAAUGUGUACAUCAUCAAAACACUGCGCGAGUUUCAGUACGUCGACGAGGAAGGGCGGGAUGUGGGCCAGAAUGUUCGCGUGGCCGCCAAGGAAUUGACUGCAUUGGUACUUGACGAAGAUCGGCUGCGCAGUGAACGGUCUGAUCGCAAGCUUUGGAAAUCCCGUGUCAGCGGACUCGACGAUGGUUAUGGGAACGAACCCCCGCGCAGAGAACGACGUCAACGCCGCCCCGGCGAGGAGGACGAUGAUGCAGAGUACCGCUUGGCUAUCGAAGCGAGUAAGGCUGAAGCGGAGGAGGAGCGCAGGCGACGGACUAAGGAGGCGACCGACAACGAUGACGAGGAUCUGGCGAAGGCGAUCCAACUCAGCCGGGAAGAGGAGGAGCUGCGGAAGCGUGAGUUGGAAGAGAGCAACGCGCACGCACUCUUCGACGACACUCCAGCUCAGGUCCAACCCACGGGAUACAACCAGGGAUACCAGCAGCAGGGUGCAGUGGAUUGGUUUGGCAACCCGAUCAACGUGCAACAGCCCAUGACAACGGGCUACCUCAACAACCAGUACGCGCAGCAGACCGGAUUCCAGAACCAGCCCACCGGCAUGGCGAACCCUUACACGAACGGGUUCCAGCAGCAACUUGACCAGAACCCGUACGGCCAGCCUCAGAACAACAUGAUGCUGCAGCCCCAGGCCACCCUUCAACAACAGCAGACGGCAUUCAAUCCUAACAACCCCUGGGGAACGGAUACCUUCGCACAGCAGCAGCAGCAGCCCCAGGAGAACUAUCAAGCAGCCGGAAGCAAUAACCCGUGGGCCGCGACUCAGCCCCAACAGCCACAGCCCCAGGCCGAUGCCCUCAAGCCGAUGCCAACAGGCUCGAACAAUCCUUUCGCCGCUCGCACUCAAUUCCAACAGCCCGUCCAUUCAACAGGCCCACCCUCGCUCAACACUCUGUCCGAAGACCGCGCAACGAACCAGUUCAACCAGUCGAACAAGCAAUUCAUCCAGCAGCAGCAACCCCAGCCCAACCCAAUCGCCAACUUCCAAGCUCCCAAACCAGUAAAUGGCACCCCGCCGCCAGCUGUCCAGGCCCCGUUAGAUCCACAUCACGCGCGUCUGAAUGCCCUGCUGGCCUCAGGUGAAGGCCUUGACACCUUCGGCAACGUCGGCGACUUGCGCAUUCCUGCGCAGCACACUGCCCCGGGUACGUUCGUCAACUCGGCCGGUCAUGGUGCGGACCGUCUCCGCGCUGCGCAAACGGGCAGCAACCCGUUCUUUGGUCAGCAGUUUGUGCCUCAGCAGACUGGCUUCGUGCAGCAGCAGCAGCCACAACAGCCGCCAGGUAACAAUCCUUGGGGUGCUGGCCAGCAGCAGUCGCAGCAUGGAGGUAGUAGUCUGAUUGAUCUGUGA